AUGGACAAUAACAAGUACAGACCAGGAGAGGUGGUGGCAGUGGAGCUCCAGGCUACAACCUCGAUACCAUUCAUCGGUUUCCUGUUACAGGCCCGAGAGGAGGGGGCUCAGUCUCCAGUGGGCUCCUUCAUCCUCACAGCUGGGUCCAGUCAGCUCCUCACCUGCAGUCAGAAACCUCAAAAUGUCUCCAGGAAAGACUGUGGUAUCACCAAGGUGUGCUUCAGUCAGCCUUCAGACUGUGACCCCACAGUAAGCACUGACUGUUACUUCAUGUCAGCCCAGAAGUUAUCGACCAGCGACGCAGGCGUGCACUAUGAAAUGAUGGGCCGAUCUGAUGGAUACAUCUCUUUUGGAUUCUCAGAUGAUCAGAUAAUGGGGAACGAUGACAUAUACAUCUGUGUUGUAGGAAGUGACGGUCUUGUGCAGUUGCAGCAUGCUUUUUCAACAGGAAGAACAACUCCACAAACUCUUCCUCUGGGGGAUGUUUCCAAUAUAAAAGCAUCAGUACAAGGAGGGGUUAUCAGCUGCUCUUUCACCUCCAUGAACACUGUAUCUACCGUGAAGAAGACUGGGUUUAACAAAACAUACUAUCUCAUGUUCGCCCAUGGGCCAAGCAACAAUGGACAAAUCCGGUUCCACAGAGCUACCUUCAUCAGCGCAGAAAAGAUAGACAUUUCUAGACCUCAGCUCAUUCAAAAAGGUGGAUGGCCUCACAUCAUCAAAGCACAUGGAGCUCUGAUGCUGAUAGCUUGGAUGACCACAGGAUCACUAGGAAUGAUGGUAGCUGGAUAUCUGAAAGGGUUUGCCAAGGGAACGACACUUUUGGGCAAAGCUGUCUGGUUUCAGGUCCACGUUGCUGUAAUGACCCUGACGAUGGCAGCCACGAUCAUCGCCUUUAUCCUGCCCUUUGCACAUGUAAAAGGCUGGUCUGGGGGGGCUCAUCCUGUGUUAGGCUGCCUGGUUAUGAUCCUUUCAUUCAUUCAAUCCAUCCUAGCUCUGCUUCGCUGUGGACCUCAACAUCAAUGGAGGUUUCUGUUCAACUGGACUCAUGCGUUAAAUGGAGUUGGAAUAAAAGCUUUAUCUGUGGCAGGAAUAUUUACAGGCUUGAAGUUGAUUGACAGCUCUGUGGACCAAUGGCUGAUGAAAGUCAUGGGCGGCUUUGUUGGCUGGGAAGUUUUGUUCCACAUCCUGUUGGCUGUCAGUUUAGGAUGGAAAGUUCAAAGAAAAGAUACUCUGGAGUCAAAGAUGAUAACAACAGAUGUUCUGCUGAUUUUUCUCUUCUUUUUGGGAAACUUGGCCUUUUUGGUGGCACUUCUUGUUGGAAUUGGGACUUCAAACCAUGACUCACAAUAA